UUUAGACAUCACGCCCGCAAAAAGUCAGAGAGCUAUACACGAAUGUCUCGCCAGCCGUCUGUUUCCUUCCCAUUCAAGCUUCCCGUCCUCUCAACCUUUCUCUCCCUCUCUCGCUGACCUUUCUUCUCCAUCAUUUACCAUGUUCUUGAAUUUGGUUUCGGAAGCCAGCUUCUUCUUACAAUUUGUCCAUUUAUCCAAUCUGUUAAUAUUUUUUUGAGCUUUCUCGGGAUCAAGCGCAGAAAUGCAUGCCAUAUCAGAUCGGCAUUUUUAGGUAGCCAAAUAUUUAAAAUUCCAAUCUUUGGAGCCCUGUCCCAUCGAGGAGUAUUUAUAGAAUGAUAUGAUCACAACGUGAUCAUUUGGACAUGUUCUUUUCUCUUCUUAUUGAUGGAAGGUCAACAUCUUUGAAUACAAUGAGAUGAAAAAAUCAUUGUGGCGCAUAGCUGCAUUCCUGAUGAAGGAACUUAUCUAUCGAUGCGAGAGGAACAGAGUUGAUUGGAGGAAACUCUCUCUUUUUGGGGCCAUGUUGACAGUAGCUGGUGUUGUAUUUCAGAUGUUUACGCUUCCUUAUUCCCUGAACAUGUGGUUUCUGUUGCCGCCUGCUACGGUCUCAUUAUCUGGAUCUAUGAAUGGUACAAUUCCAUCAAGUGAGGCUCGCAGUGAGGCAAGGGCUGAGCAGUUUCAACUUGUUCCAACAGUGCCCAUUGUUUCAGUGAAUUCUUCUCUUAAGCUGAUCCAAUCAAUGCCAGUUGAGCCGAAGAAAGUUACUGAUCUUGUAAAGAGAAAACCUAUCUCUAGAAGGAGAAAAAAGAAUAUCAAGCCAGAUGACAAGUCAAACAUUUUAUCUCCUCCUCCCCCUCAUAAAACUGUGCCAUCUCGCUUCCAGAGAUACAUUUGGUCUUUGCCACCAAAUGAGGCGCUUGUGUAUGCUAAAAAAGAGAUUGAGCAUACCCCAGUGGUUGUUGAUGAUCCCGAUCUUUUUGCUCCUUUAUUUCAGAAUGUUUCUGUUUUCAGAAGGAGCUAUGAAUUGAUGGAAAUGAUACUUAAAGUGUUCAUUUACCCUGAUGGAGCAAGGCCAAUUUUCCACCAACCUCAUCUCAAAGGAAUUUAUGCUUCUGAAGGAUGGUUCAUGAGAUUGAUGGAGGGAAACAGGCAGUUUACCACGAGGGACCCUGAAAAAGCUCACUUAUUUUAUCUACCGUACAGUGCUCGCCAGCUGGAGAUGGCACUCUAUGUGCCUAGGUCACAUAAUAUGAAACCACUGUCAAUCUUCCUGAGGGACUAUGUGAACAUGAUUGCUGCAAAGUAUCCGUUCUGGAACCGGACACAUGGGGCGGAUCAUUUCCUUGUUGCAUGCCAUGACUGGGGCCCCUACACAGUAACAGAGCAUGAGGAACUAAGCAAAAACACCAUAAAAGCUCUAUGCAAUGCUGACCUAUCAGAAGGAAUAUUUGUUGCUGGGAAGGAUGUUUCCCUGCCUGAAACUACUAUAAGGACUCCCAGAAAACCUCUUAGAAAUGUUGGUGGGAAUAGAGUAUCCCAACGUCCGUUUCUUGCCUUCUUUGCAGGAAACAUGCAUGGCAGAGUCCGCCCCACAUUGCUCAAGUACUGGCGUGACAAAGAUGAAGAUAUGAAAAUAUAUGGGCCUCUACCAGUCAGAGUCUCCCGAAAGAUGUCUUAUGUGCAGCACAUGAAAAGCAGUAAAUAUUGUAUAUGCCCAAUGGGAUAUGAAGUGAACAGCCCUAGGAUUGUUGAGGCCAUAUACUACGAGUGUGUUCCGGUAAUUAUUGCAGAUAAUUUUGUCCUCCCGUUCAGUGAAGUACUAGACUGGAGCUCGUUCUCUGUCGUGGUGACGGAGAAGGAUAUUCCUAAGCUGAAGGAGAUUUUAAUGGCAAUCCCAAUGAGAAGAUAUCUAAAGAUGCAAAUUAAUGUGAAGAUGGUGCAGAAACAUUUUCUCUGGAACCCAAGACCAAUUAGAUACGAUCUGUUCCACAUGAUUCUGCAUUCAAUAUGGUUCAACAGGCUCAAGCAGAUUCAAGUCACAAAUUCCUAGCAAUUCUAUUAGUUUUCCCAUGAAUGCAGAUUGGUUUUCCUAGUACCCUGGAGAGCAAAGCAGAUCCAAACCAGCAACUGCUGCACUAAAAGACCAAAACCAGGGCCAAGAAUGAGGAUCAUUGUGAAAAAAAGACAUUGGGAAGGAAUCCAUUUAAGCCUCCAAAAUCUACUGUCCGUGGGUACAAUGAGUGGUGUGGAUUGAAAUCCAAAAGAACAAUAAUCAAUCAGUGGAGAUAAUUCGCGUUGACCAAGUGGCUCGGACCUAACAGACGGUCAAAGGUUCUGAUUAUAACCAAUCAAUGCCAUAUUUUCAUCAUCAUGAUGGUACGCACUCCAGUUGCCAGUUCAAAGCUCAUUUUGUUGAUACGAUAAUUAGUUGACGUUAUUUGAAAUGUAAGCGAGUAUUAAGG